AUGAUCAUCCGACAUCUAGCAGCUCGUACGGGUGCUAUCCGCUCAUCCUUGGCGAGCCUCCACCCGUCCAGCCGGCAGUCAUCGCGGCACCUCGCCUCCGCCUCGGUGGCUCUGGCUUCCCCAGAAGUCGACGACCGACCAACACAACAUGAAAGCGGUGAUGUGGUGAGGGCGCCGAGGCUGAAAAUGCCUGCCGGACACGAUCCACCGCCUGUCGACGUUCGCCGAUCUGCUGCUGCUUCGUCUUCCUCGUCUUCCUCGUCAUCAGUCCCUGAGUCUUCGCGCCGAUCUAGGUCAGCUCGCGCUUCUACAUCGAAACCUUCCGGCAGAAGCAGGAGGCAAUCAGAAGCGCCCCCUGUAUCAGCCCCGUUGAAGGAGCGGAAGACCUUUACCCGCGAUUCGCCUCCCCACCUGCCUUCGAGCCAACCGCCAGGCCGUCCAGCGACGCCGUUGAGCCCGGAAGAAUUGCGAAGACAGCAAGAAGAGCGUGCGACCCAGUUUAUGGAAUCGGCUUUGUCUAUCCCGGUGCCCGACCCGAAACUCUACCUCCGACAGCUCGUCAGUCACCUCGAGUCGGAUUCGUCGCUGCUGAGCCCCAGCUCCAUCGCCGCGCUCGAGAUGUACGCCCUACGCCUGAACGAGACGCAGUUUGCCGAACGUGUCCGCGCUCUGGGCUUCCGAGAGCGCCUCCAACUCCCUCCUCGACAGAAGAUAGGCAGAUACCGAAACGCGAAGGUCUCGACGAACAUGUGGAUGACGAAGAAGUACCCGCCGCUACCACUGCUGCCCGAGAGCGAGGACAAGAUUACCGCGAACACCUUUCUGCGGUAUCAGCACUACCUGCUGAUCAACUCGGAAGGACACAGCCUGCGGACCACAAUCAGCACGUUGGAAUCGUUGAAAGCUGCCCCGACAGAGAAACUCGCCGCGCUGCAUCUCGCCCUGUGCUAUGCCAAGGAGCCUCAUGCGUUGCUCGAUGAGGCUGAGGCCAUCGGCGUCACGUCGUUCCGGAGGCAGACUGCACACUGCAGUGUCAUUGCUCUGCUACAGCGGCGAACGAAGACCGAGGAUGUCCAGCGCCUGAUGAGGCGUUUCAAGGGAGUUCCGUCACCCGAGACGUUCCGCCUUGUUGCUUUGCACGCGCUGAAGAAUAAGGACGAGGAGCUGGCGAAGUACGCGUGGGAGGAGGGUCGGACGUCACUUGCGCAUGAGCGCCGUAUCGCCAGUGCGCCAGUUACUCCGCGUCGACUACCUCGGACCCGCGGCCAGGCUACUGGCGCAGUGCCUCGGGUGACGCCCUUCUUUCGACACCUCGGCCGACACCUCACACGUUGGGAGCGAGUCAUGCACUGCAUGAAGGACCGAGGAUGGGCGCAUCGAGCGCAGUUCGACCCGGCGCAGGUCCCGAAGGGCCUACCGACUCUCGCAGCGCGUUGGUUCUGGGGGCCGGACCCGAACCCGCCCUCUGAGCAGGACAGCGAUUAG